UUGACAUUGGCCAACAAUAUAAUCAACAUGACAAUAAUAAUAUGUUUUCUGAAAAUGACAUUAAUAAUGGUGGUCUUCCGAUAUAUCUAGAGGCAUUGGUGAGUAAUGCUCAAACAGAACUAUAUCCAGGUUGUAAGAAAAUGUCAAGGUUAUCUUUUAUCAUACAGUUGCUACACAUUAAAGUGUACAAUAAGUUGAGUGAUAAAGCAAUGGAUAUGAUGUUAAAACUAAUGAAGUCAUCUUUCCCUAAUGGUGAGACACUUCCAUGUUCCUAUUAUGAAGCCAGAAAAAUGUUGCGGGACUUGGGGUUGGGAUAUGAAUGUAUUCCUGCUUGUAAGUACGAUUGUGUUCUGUUUUGGAAGGAAAACAGUUGUUUGGAUAGCUGCCCAACUUGUGGAACCUCAAGAUGGAAAACCGAUGAUGGUAACUCGAAGAAGAUACCACAAAAAAUUUUAAGGUACUUUCCUUUAACACCUAGGCUUCAACGCCUUUUCAUGUCUAUAAAAACACGUGAAAAGAUGGUCUGGCAUAAAGAAAAUCGCAUUGAUGAUGAUUAUAUGAGACAUCCUGCUGAUUCUGCAGCAUGGAAAGACUUUGAUAACGAGUUUCCUCGGUUUGCAAGUGAUCCUAGAAAUGUUAGACUUGCUUUAGCUGCAGAUGGUUUCAAUCCAUUUGGAAACUUGAGCACAACUUAUAGCAUGUGGGCGGUAAUUUUAACCCCAUUGAAUCUACCCCCAUGGGAUUGCAUGAAAGAACCAUUCUUGAUGUUGUCUUUACUGAUUUCGGGUCCUAAUUCACCUGGAAAGGAUAUUGAUGUCUACUUACAACCACUCAUUGAAGAGUUAAAAGGGAUGUGUAUUGACGGGGCUGAAACAUUUGAUGUUUCUACCAGAAAGAAUUUUCAAAUGCACGCUUCUAUUUUGUGGACUAUUAAUGAUUUUCCUGCAUACGGGGAUUUGUCGGGAUGGAGUACUAAGGGGUACAUGGCUUGUCCACUUUGUAAUGAACGAACAUAUUCUCAAAGAUUACGAAGCAAGCUAUGUUACAUGAGGCACCGUCGCUAUUUACCGAAAGAUCACGCAUGGAGAAGAAGCAAGAAGUUUAAUGGUAAAAGAGAACACAGUGAGGC